AUGGGCUACAACCCUCUCAGAAAAUAUGCCAAGUCUACCAUAAGAAAUCUAAACAACAGGCUCACAGUCAUGCAGGGCUCAGCACACAGCUGGGAAGCUACCUGCCUCCCCGGCAGAGCUCGGGAGGCGGCGGGCAAUGAACGCCGGCCGCGGGCACCGCCGGGCACCUCGGCGCAGGGCGGCGGCACUGACGUGGCAGCCAAGGCCGCGGCGGAGCCGCUGCAGCCGGCCCGGCCCUCUCGCCGUCCUUCCCGCCCGGCGGUGCCGCGGCGGAGAGCACAAAGGCGGGCUGGCUGCACCGCCCCGGGCCGCCCGCGCGGCGGGAAGCGCCGGGGGCAGGUGGCAGCAGCGGCGGCCCCGGGCCCGCCUCUCCCGCCGGCGGCUCCGCCGGGUCCCCUCCCGCCUCCUCCCCUAGAAGUUUCCCUUCCUCGGCGCGGAGGAGCGGAGCGGAGGCAGGAAGGGCACCUGGCUACCGGCGAGGCCGGGACGGCGGCAGCAGCUGCUCGGCCUCACUCACCGCGCGGCAGGCUCGACUCGACUCCGCCGGAGACUUCACUCCUGCGCCUUUCCCCGCUGCCGACGUGGCGCCCGCCCCGUCGGCGCCCGCAGACCCCGCCCCAGCGCCCCGCGCGGCCCCCUCGGCGGCGGGGGGCACGCAGGCGCCGCCGCUACCGCCCCCUCCUCGCGGGCGGCCGCCGCUCAACCCGUGUACCUCCGCCGGCGCCACGCGUUCCCACCAGCCGCCCUCGGAGGGGCCGGGACGCCCCGGGGGCUUCCACGGGCUCCGGCUCGAGCGUUGUGGCCCCCCUACAGGCACCGUCCUCCGCCGAGGAACGGGGCGGGCCCAGACACACGGGGCCUGGUACCCCCAAGGGCCCGUGCGGGUCCUGCUCUGAACGGGGCCGGGACACCGCGGUGGGGGAAGGUGCCAGGUAG